AUGAAGAAAGUUGCAACACCAAACUCCUCAAAGAAGAGAAAGCAUCAACAACAGCAUUCUUCAGCAAAAAAGGUUUUAGAAUCAACUCCUCGUGAAGAUGAAGUGAGUGAACCAACAUCAGCAAACACAACAGCAAAAUAUGGAGACAAAAUUAUUACAACCACUACUAACAACAACAACACAAUUGAACAUGUUGAAGAAAAGAAAGUAAAAAGAGAACAUCAACCAACAACACAUCGUAAUAGUAGUUUUAUUGUUGAUGAAUUAAAUGUUACUAAAAAUAUUCACAUUUCAGCUAUUAAGAGACUUUGUUUUAAUCCUACUCAAUCACUUUUAGCUGUUGCUAGGUUUAAUAGUGAAAUUGAAAUUUGGUCAAUUGAUGGUCAAAAAAGUAGUGUAGACACUAAUCGUCCAAUUGAAAAUUGUACUCUUAUUAAGAGAUUACCAGGAAAGAUUGGAACUACAAUAGAGUCAAUAAUAUGGACAGGAGAUAAUAGACUUUUCACAGCAGGUCUCCAUGGAAUGAUUACAGAGUGGGAUUUGGAAAGACAAAGCCCGAAGAGAAUUUCUACUUCAGUUUUGGGAGGUGCUAUUUGGAGUAUGGAUCAUUGUGCUGAAAAGAAUUUAAUUGCUAUUGCUUGUGAAGAUGGAGCAGUAAGACUUAUUAACGAUGAAGACUUGAGUUUGAAAUUCUUCCUUGCACCUUCAAGAACCAAUGAACCACCUAGUGGAAAGAAAUAUAAGCAUUGUGAAAAUAGUCAUAGAAUGCUAACCACGAAGAUUAUUGAUGGAGGUAAUAAGGUACUUGUUGGUGGGAUGACCGGAGUUUAUUGUUUUGACCUCAAUAAGAGAACACUUGUCUACAAAAUUUCCUUAAAGAACUCAUUCUGUUGGUGUAUGGAAAUACUCAAUGAUAGCAUUAUGGUUGUUGGUGAUUCUGAGGGAAAUAUUCACUUUUGUGACUAUCGUUUAGGAGCUAUUGUUAACUCAGUUAAGGGACAUGAUGGUGAUGUAUUGAGAAUUUGCAUCCAAAAACCUGGUGUUAUUUAUUCAACAGGUGUUGAUGGAAGUAUUUCCAUGUACAAAGAAGUUGGCAAGAAGUAUGUCUCUGUCAUUAAAAAGAGACCAUCCCUCCAUGAUUUAUUGGACAUGGUAUAUUGCGAGAAGGAAAAAUCUCUUUACUUUGGAGGUCUUAAUUGUGCCAUUUUGAGAAUGAAGACUGAAAUUUUCUAUAGACAACAAGAUUUAAAGGAUAAAAUCUUUGACAGAAUAAGAAUCAAACCAAACAGAGAUUUGCUAAAAGUUGCUACGGGUUCAAGAUUGGCUCUUUAUGAUAAUUUGGCUAAUCAAAUUACACUUUUAAAGUUGCCAGAAUCUAAUAUCGAGAAUAGACAAGUUAGUUUGAAUGACCCAGCCUCAAUUUUAAUGCAAGUCAAAAUUAAAAGUAAGGGUAACUGGUAUAGUUCCAUGUCAGACAUUUCACCAAAUGGAAAGCAUAUAUCUGUCGCUUCAGUUGAUUGCACUUAUUUAAUAACACUUGCCACAGAUGAAAAUGGAGGAGUUUCUUUGGAAAAUAAGAUUAACCUUUCUGAUAAGGAAUAUAAUGUUGUACCUGGUCACUAUACAGCAUUUGCAGGAAAUAAUCACCUUUUAAUUGCAUCCAGAGAUUGUUCAACUCUUCAAUUAUUUAAUAUUGAAAAGAAGACAGUUCAAUCAAUCCAUUUACCAUCCUCAAAGAUUGAUUCAUCACUCGAAAAUGAAAACUCACCAUUCAGAGUAUUUUCAAAUUCCAUUAAUGGCUUGAUUGCUAAUGAAAAGUAUGUGAUUGUAUCAAAAGGGAAUCUUGUACUGUGUUAUAGAUUGGAGAGUUUAAUCUCUGAGAAUAAUAAGGUUCAUUUUGAAAUAGAAUUACCAACACAUAACGGAUUUAUAUACAAGAUUGGCUUUUUAAAUCCAUGCGAUAGUGUGUGUCCUGCCUUUUAUUCUCUCUCCAAUCCAAAUACCAUUACUGUCUUUGAUGCUAACAAGCGUAGAACUAUUAUUUCUCCAUUGUCAUUCCCUACUGAAAAAUUGAACCAAGCAGUAAUCAGUUCUCUUCAUCAACUUUCACUCAAGUACUAUUUGGUUACCUCUUUGACUCGUUGCUUCCUUCUGGAUUCCAGUACUCUUGAAAUUAAGGAUUAUGUUUUAGCAAACAGAUUAGGAAAGACUGAAGAUAUGAUUGGAUUUUCAUCUGUUUGUGGUAAUGAGCUGAUAAUGGCUUCAUUCGAUUACAAUACUCACACAGAAGAACUUUUACCACCUGUUAUUGACAGAAAACGUUUCGGUACAUAA